UUGGUAAUUUGACGCGCAAGGGAGAAUAGUCUCUCCAUUUCGAACACAUCUGCGCGCAAACCUACAAAUACCACCGCGUCGGUGAAUUCUCCGUUCACUUUCCGGCGAGAUCCUGAUCUUUCUGAGGGGAAUAGGUGCAGUCGAUCCGAAUUCGGAGAUCCGGUGCGGUAAGUGACGAGAAUUGAUUAAUGGCGCCGGUUUCGGCUCUCGCGAAGUACAAAUUGGUGUUCUUGGGAGAUCAGUCGGUGGGGAAAACAAGUAUUAUUACUCGCUUCAUGUACGAUAAAUUCGACAAUACUUAUCAGGCUACAAUUGGUAUUGAUUUCCUGUCUAAGACCAUGUAUCUUGAAGAUCGAACUGUUCGAUUGCAGUUGUGGGAUACUGCUGGACAAGAACGAUUCAGGAGUCUAAUCCCCAGCUACAUAAGGGAUUCUUCUGUUGCUGUUAUAGUAUACGAUGUUGCAAGUCGCCAGUCCUUUCUUAAUACUACAAAAUGGAUUGAGGAAGUUCGCACUGAGAGAGGAAGCGACGUUAUUAUUGUGUUAGUUGGCAAUAAAACUGAUCUGGUGGAGAAAAGGCAAGUUUCGAUAGAGGAAGGAGAAGGAAAAGCCCGCGACCUUAAUGUCAUGUUCAUCGAAACUAGUGCCAAGGCUGGCUUUAAUAUUAAGCCACUAUUCCGGAAGAUCGCUGCUGCCUUACCUGGAAUGGAAACUCUAUCGUCGGCCAAGCAAGAGGGCAUGGUGGAUGUGAACCUCAAGUCAAGCAAUGCGGAUGCAUCCAAUUCCCAGCAGCAGUCGGGAGGCUGCGCCUGCUGAUUAACAAGCGUAAGACAUUUCACAUCCAUCGUUUGUGCAUUAACAUCUUGUGUCGGACGGAUGGACAGACAGACAGACGGACUGCAUUAUCAUAUCUGUAAAGCUCCUCCUCCUCCUUUGUUUGCCGUUUUGAUCGCUCUGAAUUUUUGUUUUGCGGCUUAUAGCUUAUCCUGAGUAUUCUGCGCCGCCUCCCGUCGGGUCAUAUUAGAACAUCAUAUUUUCGGUCCUUAGCAUAUUCUUCUUCUUCUAUGUUUUUCCUUGGUUGUGUGUGUAUCAUUUGUGCCUGCUUGCCCGUUCGCGUAAGACUAUCUAUCUAUCUAUCUAUAUGUAGUUUUUGAUGCUUUUGUCCUUAAGAACAUAAGAUAUGUGUUUCAUUUUUGGGGCUUUUCCUCAACUCAUGGAUUUAUUUUUAUGCUUUUAGCUCUCA